UUUAAAGUUAGGCGGUCCGCCCCGAAAUGACUGUUUUUCGGCUUCCAGAGGCGUCAGACAGCGCGCAGGCAUGAAAACUCCGGAGGAAAUGUUUCAGCUCGGGUGAAACUUAAGACAAAGACAAAGAAGCGAGCGCUGUAAUAAUAAUGGCCACCCGAGCGCAGAGGAGAGAAGCUCCGCGCCCGAAGCAGGACGACGAUUCCGACACCGAGGAGACUCACCUCGGGCUGAAGAAGGCGGACGGCCGGGAGCCGCAGAUCAUCCACAGCGGCCACUUCAUGGUCUCGACUCCUCAUAUCGAGCAUCCACCUAAGAAAGGAUACGACUUCGAUACUGUUAACAAGCAAACCUGUCAGACUUAUCACUUCGGGAAAGCGAGCUCGUCUCACCUCUCCAUCGAUGCUUCUUUAACCAAACUGUUCGAGUGUAUGACCCUCGCUUAUAGUGGGAGGUUGGUGUCGCCAAAAUGGAAAAACUUCAAAGGCCUGAAGCUUCUAUGGAGGGACAAGAUUCGCCUCAACAACGCUAUCUGGAGGGCGUGGUACAUUCAGUAUGUGGAGAAGAGAGAGAACCCGGUCUGCCAUUUUGUCACCCCUCUGGACGGCAACAUGGACUCAGGGGUCCACAGACCUACCGAGGCGAUUGCUACGGAGGGGAAGUACUGGAAGAGAAGAAUUGAAAUAGUACUCAGAGAGUACCACAAAUGGAGGACGUACUUCAAAAAAAGGUUACAGAAGCACAAAGAUGAGGAUCUGUCCAGCCUCCUCAAGGGGGCAGAGGAGCAGCUCUUGCUCUUCGGCGAAGUGCAUCCCGACACACUGUGUCGUAUGCCCUUCCGUCAGGACGAGGAGGCGGCCGGAGGCGCCUGGCGCAACAUCCGCAAGAGCUUCGACUCGCCCACGCCCAUGGAGAUGGACCCCAUAUUCGACAUGGACGUGCUCAUGUCCGAGUUCUCCGACACGCUGUUCUCCACGCUGUCCUCCCACCAGCCCGUGGCGUGGCCCAAUCCCAGGGAGAUCGCACACGCAGGUAACGCCGAUAUGAUCCAGCCCGGUCUCAUCCCGCUGCAGCCUAACCUGGACUUCAUGGACACAUUUGAGCCUCUUCAAGAUCUGUUUCACACCCUGCGUCUGCCAAUCUACCCCCCAAUCUCACCCACUGCCCCAACCACCACUCCCUUAUCCAGCAGCAGCACCCCGACACAGACGUCCAUACUGUCUGCCAUCAACCUGCCCACAGAACUGUCCAUGCCCUUGAUAACGAACCCGCCCUCAAUUUCGAAUCAGGAUGGCAUGAACGCCGUGGGCGCCCCCUACCAGCAGGACUACAUGCCUCUUUUUACAGAACAAAUAGCUCCCUCCACCCUCUCGCCCCCGGUCAUGCCGCCCCCGGCCGCUCUGCCCCCUGCGGUUCCUCACUCCCUGCGCUCUCAGGCCGUCGCCACUGUUCCCGGAAGUCCAGCUUCCCCAGCACAGUCUGCCCCAUCCGCGGUGACCGCCAACACCGCCGCCAACCACAGGUCAACAUUUGCACUUUUGCCCAGGCCUCCUCUUCAGGAUCAGACUCUGCCUGCUGCUGCUCUGCCCCCACAGCCUCAGAACUUUGCCCUGCCACGACCCAUCCAGCCCGCCGGCGCUGCUAAGAAGAGCCGCCACGUGCCCAUCGUUCCUGCCAGCCCGGUUCCGUCACCUCGGCUCAUACUGACUGGACCUACUGGUGCCGUUCUCGUCACUCCAUCCUCUCUCAAAACCGACGCGGCUUCCACCACCGGCGUCGUCAUCACCUCGGCUGGUAUUCCUUGUGGGUCUGGCUUUCACAUUCUACCCCAGACGCAGAAAUCUCCUCAGCACAUCGUGCCCAAAGAGGAAACCGGCUUAAAUGCAGCCGGCUGUAAGAGCUCGGGACCGUCGCCUUGCACAGCCCUGGAUGGACGAACCUCUAGCCAAGGGUCACCUUUAGGGGCGGAGCAGGUACCCAGCCCUCAGUCCCCACUCAGCUCCUGCAGCACAGGUCUGGUCAAGAAUGAGCCCAGCCAGACUCGUCGAGUGAAGCACAAAUCGGCCGAGCAGAAGAGGCGAUUCAACAUCAACGUCGGCUUCAAGACGCUGUGCAGCCUGGUUCCCACCCUCAAGUCCCAGUCAAAUAUAAGCAAUGCGACGACCCUUCAGAAGACGGUGGAGUACAUCGGAAAGCUGCAGCAGGAGAGGCACCAGAUCCAGGAGGAGACGAGGAGACUGCGGGAGGAAAUCGAGGAGCUUAACGCGUCCAUAAAUUCAUGCCAGGAACAGCUUCCAGCCACGGGGGUGCCCAUCACGCGCCACCGCUUCGAUCACAUGAAGGAGAAGUUUGAUGAAUAUGUGAAGAACCGAACUCUGCAGAACUGGAAGUUUUGGAUUUUCAGUAUCAUCAUCAAGCCUCUGUUCGAGUCCUUCAACGGUAACGUGUCCACCACCAACACAAAAGAGCUGUGUGAGACGACCAUGCAGUGGCUGGACCGCGACUGCACGCUGCCCGUCCUCAGACCCAUGGUUUUAAGGACGCUGCGGCAGCUCAGCACCAGCACCUCCAUCCUGACCGACCCCACACUCCUUCCAGAAGAAGCUAGAAAAGCCGCUCUGAACACAGCACAGCACUCCACCAAGUCAUAGCUCCUCGUUCUUUCUGUGUCAUGGCUGCAUGAGGACUGUUCAUGAGAAAUUCUGUCAGCUCAGGAAAGCUGGAGAGGGCUCGUGAUGCCGUACUGUGCCUUCAUUAGGUCUGUGUGUGACUGUGCUAAUUCUAUAGUCAGGUAAAUGUUGGGGGGGGUAAUAUUUGGGACGCAGCUUUUAGUUUUUUUACAGUGUUGAGACUUUCUGGACUUGUUUUUAAAGGGAGUUUAUAGGUCUCACAGAGCCUGGGCGCUCAGGUGACGCAGCACCACACGAGACACGAUGGCCUCUGCUGACUGGUCGAGGCUCAUUCAGAGGUCCCGUCUCUGGCAGGUGAAUAGAAGUGGGCGGCGACUGCACGCACAUCUGAGGGACGCCUCCCUUCAGGCAGGGUGGGGGUCUGCAGCGGCUGAGAAAGUUACAGUCAGAAUAAAAUAAAGUACAAAGCUUAGUGACGUUCAAAAAGGAAGCAAAGGGAAGUGUAUUCUGGCUAGAGCUUUUAACCAAUUACCGCCGGUCAUUAGUCUCCAGUUAACAUUUACAUUUCCGGCAUUUAGCAGACACUUACAGUACUGUGACAGUUUACAGUCUAAGCAAUUGAGGGUUAAGGGCCUUGCUCAAGGACCCAACAGUGGCAACCUGGCAGUGGAGGGGCUUAAACUGGCUGCACUAGGUCAAAAUAUUUAUGUCGUUUCCUUUUUUGUGGUCUUAUUUUAAAGGAGAAAAAGUAUAUCCAAGUUUUUUUUUUUUUAUUCAUAUCACUAUGCUGUCAUCACUUUGGGAUGGUUGGCUGCUUAAAUGGGUCAAUUUUCUCCAGUGCCCUCUGUCUCAGAUUCCAGUCAAAAAGGAAAAUCAGCCAAAAUUUGGAGUUAAAAAAGAACAUUUUCUAAACAUUGAAAACCAAAAUGUAAAAUAGUUUUUAAAAAUUGGAACUUAGGGCGCCCAGCUGGUGCAGUGGGAUAUUACGCAAGCGCACCAGCGCUGAGAUUCUGAACUUCUCGGUUUGAAACUCGGCGCUUGACUGGGCGCCAUCUAGCGGGCAUAAUUGGCAGUGCCUGCAGGGAGGGAUGACCGGAAUAUGUAGGUACACUGUGUAAGGACCCUGAUUAGCAGAUAGAGGCGCCUGUGCAGAAUGCAGGGGUGGAAAAGUGUUCCGUUGAGGACUGCGCACGGGUCGGAGGAGGCGUGAGCAGCAAUAUACACACCUCGACUGCAAUCAGGGAUCCCCCAGCAGCGGAAGAAAAAUUAACUACGAUAAAUUGGGAGAAAAUGCUUAAAUAAAAUGUAAAAAAAAUUGACUUAUUUCUCAAAAAGUAAAAAAAAAAGCUAAUGCAAAGUCGUGGUUUGAAAUAAACAACCACUUAUCAGAUAUGUAGACAUUAAGUCAAAUCAAAUCAAAUUUUUAAUCAUCUUUACUCAAAAGUUACUCAAAAUGUUAAUGUCUGAUUUUAAUGACAUUUUUAUUUUAACGUAACCAACAACGUUUUAAUAUAAAAGUACAAUAAAUCAUUUUUAAUGAUGAAAAGUUCCUGUUUGAGAGCAAGCGCACAACAUUCAGCGUAACGAGACGAUCAGAUUUCUGGCUCUGUGUAAGUGUGUGUAUGUGUGUAUCAUAAGCCAGCCUGUUUUGAACUUGGCCGUGUCUCCGGUGCCACCUGUCUCACCAGGCACACAACAGAUACAGACGUCUGUGUCUCAGGGACAAAUCGACUCGCCUUUGCUCAAGCUCUCCUCAAUAGUUCUUUAGCUAUUUGUAAUGAAUGAAAAUGAUCUUUUUUAACUGACGGGAUUGAUCGAACAAUGAGACACAUGGUGGUUAUCAGUUUAUUAGUGAAUUAUUAACACCUCUCAUCUUUUGUUGACUUGACUUUAAAGGACAAACCAAAGGAGAAUCAUUUCUGCAUCUUAUCCUGUGAUGACUUCACAUUAUAUUUAUCUUACAUUUAUUAAUUUAGUAGAGUUUUCCAUAAUAGAGAAGCUCAUCUCCAAGCUGUUUAAGGCCGGGUUCGAGAUCUUACGGACGCUCUGUAAUUUGUCUUCCACUCUUUCGCUCAGAAAUUUAACCCCCGAGCUUCCACAAUCACAAGUAUUUGUUUGCACUACAUUAAUACGUUCGGGAAACACUCGUGUGUUCACGUCCCUUCAGGUUUUAGCAGAAACUGGGUGCUGUUUGUUUAACACUUCGAACACUCUUCGAAAAGUCUUCCAGCUUUGAUUUCUUUUCUAGGCUCCAGCACCGCGGUGUCUUAGCCUUUCUGUAGCUUUUACAGCACCGACUGUGUGGGAAUAAUUCGGGCGAGUUUGCUUUUGCACUUGAGCCUUUUCUACAGCGAGGUCAUGAGUAACCCUGCUGGAAUCGUACGUGUAAAUCUGGAUGUGUUGUAUUAGUGCAGUUCAGCACAGUUUUAAAAUGAUGUUUAAACUGUAUGACUUGUGAUGAACAACAUUUAAUUCUGUUUGCCUCUCAGGUGUCUUUUACACUAGCCGAACUACCAGUUUAGCAGAUUGGUGAAUUUCUAUACUUGUAUUAGUCUAAAAAUUUAUUAGUCUGAUGUCUGAAGUACUUUGUUUGCAUGUUCGUUUAUUUGCAUGUAUAUAAAGACCUUUCCCACCAAAAA